UGUUAACCACACGUACUUGCUCGCGGUGGGAGUUGCUAUUUUCAAUUCAACAAACUAAGUAAUCAAGGUUUGUAUUCACUUUUAUUUUUUGUUUUAUAUCUCAUGUACAUCGUGUGAAGUUAUUUUUAUCUCAGUUUGGAUUAAAUCUAAAUUCAAUUCAUAGUGAAGCUUCGACUUGCGUUUUAGCUGAGCCGCGUGAAAUGCUAAGCAAUCAUUUUAAUUAGAGAGAAAAUUUUACGCCUUAAGUCCUCAAACAAUAGGUUAUAGUAAUGCAAGGCGUAUGAAGUCCACGUAUAUGCUGAUUAAUAAUGUGGAUUCGUCUGCUAUAAGCCUUAGCCAAAUAAACUUAUUUAACACGCUGAGAUUUAUUGGAUAAUUAGGUUUUGAAAUUAGUCCACACCUUGCCGUGUAGUUAUAUAUGCAUAUAAUAUUAUAUAGGUAAACAAACAUACAAGGCAAAGUUAUCAAGAUGAAAUGAAAAAUGCAUUUUCCCGCAUAAUUGCCGAGAAUCAGUCGUUUCCUUUGUCAUGGAAAGCAUAUACAAAAAAAUAAAUGUUCAAUAUUAUCUGCAAUUAAAGUGCGAAUAUAUAAUAUUUUAUAUGAAACUGAAAAUUUAACAAUAAUACAAUAUGAAGAAAAGCGUUUGAAAGGAUGUAAUCAGUUUUAAUUGAUCGAGGCAUGACCGUUUUAACGGUUGGGGCGAAAUCAGGCAUUUUAACGGAUAGCAAACGAAUAUAAGAGCCUUUAAUAAACAUCUCAUGAUAAUAAGAAAUUACGCGCGUGACUGCAUGGUUUAUAAUUAAAAGUCACGCCGGGUUAUACUUUAUUUUUUUGUGCAUGAUUAAAACUGACGAUAUGGUUAUAAAACUUUUGAUUUCCACUUAACCAAUUUACAUUGUAUCCAACAACAAUCAACCUGCAAAUUAUAUAUAGUCCUAUUUAUGACAAAUAUAUAUUGUUCAUUCGUUCAACUCAGUGGCUGAUUUCUCUUUCCCUUUCUUGAGGUUCAUCGGUUUUAAAAUAUACGCAUUUGUACUUAAGUAAAAAAUUGUUUAAUGAAACGAUUCUAGGUCUGAUUGCGAUCGAUUUUUCAGAUCAAGAAUAAGAUGAAGAGCGCACUGGUUGUUUUGCUGAUAGCUCAAAUGAUUGUGGUCCCGGGUAUGACUCGCAAUGUGGCUUUCAAUGAUUAUCUUGCUGGGAGAAGAUGUCCAGCGCCAGCUUGCGACGGUUAGUGCUUACUUCAUAUCUCAGUAGACACCUGACUCAUUAAUACGGUAUAGCGUGGCCAUAGUUGAUAACGAUAGCUACAUUUCGAUUGUCGGCUUGAUACGCGUGGUAAAUAUCAUCUUAGCCGAUUUCACAAGAGACAUUGCUUGACUGUACUAACUCGAAUGCUUUGGGAGAAUAUAUAGAAACAGAUGGCAAUUAAAUACUAUUUGCCAUCGUUUUAGUCGCAAAGCGUUCUGGUAUAGGAAACGUCAUUAUGAAUAGGGGUCAUUGCAAAGUCGUGUAAACGUUGCAUUAUGAUAUAAUCAUCAUAUUUUUUAUCUUUAUUCGAUUUGUAUAAUCGCGCCUGACUCUUUCAAGUGUUCAAACCUUCACAAACAUCAACAUUUGAACAGUCCAAAACUAAAGCGCAAGGCCAACGGGUGCAAGGAUGGAUGUCUUCAAAAACUCCCGUUCAAUUCCUAUGGCUAUGGGAAUUUAUUCAUUUAACUUGUGAAUAUCAUCCUUUCUAAUAUUCGUAAUAAAAGUUAACUAUUCAAAAUCUGCCUCCUCUGAACAGGCGUUCGCAUGCAGGUUAAUUGAAAAUUGAAAUUUGAGACUUCGAAGGAUGCGGAGGAUCAGUCGGAAAGUAUUGAAUAUUACUCAAAAUUUAAAAUUCAAAAAUAAUUUUUUUUUGAUAAAAAUCAACUGAUAUAUAGCUAUUUAGUAAAGUAAAUACACGCGGUAAAAAUACGUGACAUCAAUCUAAAUGCUCUUCUUCUUCUAAUUGCUCUUCUUGGCGAUCUCUGCACUAUACGUUCUACCGGCUUUAAUUAACUUAAGUAAAUUCUCAUGCACCCCAAACUUUCAUGUAUUGUAUAAGAAUUUUGUUCUUCCUUGUGCAGAUGUAUGAUCAGAAUAUGAUGAAAACUUCAGUGAGAUACACGUUGCUAUACUUUAGUUAUUUCGUGAUGAAUACCGUUUCAUUGCCUAUGGUAUAUAAAAAAUUUAUAAUCUGAGCCUGAGGAUCGAAAUAUCGAAGUUGCAAUCAUAUACAUUCUUAGAACUAACGAAACUUGAACCAACACAGGGGUAUAGAAUUAAUAAUCGAACUAUAUCAGUCAUAUAACUAAGACUCCAUUAAUCUUUAUGAAUAAACUAUAAUAUUGUUAAAUAAAUUAUUUCAAGAAUUUUCAUAAUAAUUUAAAAUCAGGGCAAUAUACUGUUAAAAAAACUGCAGAGCAUGUACUUAGUAUAUUGUUGAGAAAUUAAGAAGCUUUCCUCCUGGCAAAACUUUUGGGUGAAAAAUUUUCUGAAUAAGGAAUAAAUAUUAGAGCAAUAGCUGAAUUCCCAAAUCUAGUGCAUUCCGAAAUUCCCUUCUUCAAGUCUUAGAACAUAAAAUACACGUAAAACAACGAACUCUCGCAUGUUCAAAUAAAUGAUAUUUUAUAUAUAUAGUCUCUCAAUUUUGAUAAAUUCAACAAAUCGGCGUUCUUAAAAUGCUCAUAACAUAUUCUGUAACACUCUAAAGUUCCUUUUUAACAGAAUGCAUUCUAUACUUUUUAGAUGAAAACAAUUGUUAUGUGGUAUGCUAUGAAUGCCAAGCUUCUCGGGUUUUCUCUGAUAUUUGUCGUGAAUGUCAAUUGUGUGAGAAACAAGGAAGGCGUAAUGGUUUAAUCAGAUUGUAGAUACAUACUAAGGCACAUGAAGUAGAUCAAGCACUGGUCUCAAUAUAAUUGACAGUCUAGUUAAUUAAUACAGUGACGUACAAUUAUUGUACAUUGUUUUCAAUAAUCCUAAUAGUGUGAAAUGCCAAAUAAAUAAAUA